AUGAGCGACCGGUGUACCAGCCGGUUCGGUCGCCGGAAACCGUUCAUCUUGGUCGGCGCUGCAUCGAUCGUCGUCGCCGUUCUCAUAAUCGGUUACGCCGCUGACAUCGGAUGGUGGCUUGGCGACACCGAGAGUAACCGGCCCUGGGCCAUAACCUUCUUCGUUAUCGGGUUUUGGAUUCUCGAUGUGGCUAACAACGUCACUCAAGGUCCUUGUAGAGCUUUGCUAGCUGAUCUCACUCGUAAGGAUGCUAGAAGGACACGUGUUGCAAAUGCUUAUUACUCCCUAUUUAUGGCCACUGGUAAUAUUCUUGGUUAUGCAACUGGAUCGUACACUGGUUGGUACAAGAUUUUUACUUUCACGCUUAACCCUGCAUGCUCUAUUAGUUGUGCAAAUCUCAAGUCUGCUUUCUUUCUUGACAUUGCUUUCAUUGCGGUCACCACAUAUGUCAGUAUCAUGGCAGCUCAAGAAGUGCCUCUAAGUUCAAGUGUGGCUGCCCAUGCUGAAGAAGAAGGGGCAGGGGAGUCAGGUAGUGGAGAAGAAGCUUUCAUGUGGGAACUAUUUGGGAUAUUCAAAUAUUUUUCAGCUCCUAUAUGGAUAAUACUGUCUGUUACUGCUCUUACAUGGAUUGGGUGGUUCCCAUUUAUUCUCUUCGAUACUGAUUGGAUGGGUCGAGAGAUUUAUGGAGGUGAUCCAAAUGUAGGCCUUACUUAUGAUACUGGAGUUAGAAUGGGAGCUCUUGGUUUAUUGCUUAAUUCAGUAGUUCUUGGAAUAACAUCAUUGCUCAUGGAGUGGUUAUGCAGGAAGCGAGGGGCUGGUUUUGUAUGGGGAAUUUCAAAUAUCCUAAUGGCUGUUUGCUUUUAUGCAAUACUAGUAGUAACCUAUGUGGCAAAUAGCAUUGGCAAUGUAGGUAAAGAUCCACCACCAAUUGGCAUUGUGAUAGCUGCGUUGGUAAUCUUUACCAUUCUUGGAUUCCCAUUGGCAAUCACUUACAGUGUUCCAUAUGCUUUAAUUUCCACGCAUAUUGAGCCAUUGGGACUUGGCCAAGGGUUAUCAAUGGGUGUUCUAAAUCUGGCAAUAGUGAUCCCGCAGAUAGUAGUGUCCCUGGGAAGUGGACCAUGGGAUCAACUAUUUGGUGGAGGAAAUUCCCCAGCCUUUGCUGUGGCAGCUGUUGCAGCCCUUGUCAGUGGACUUAUAGCUAUCUUGGCUAUUCCCCGAUCUGGUGCUCAAAAGGUCCGAAGCCAUGUAUGAGGUGUCAUGUUCUGUCUGCUUUUGGCACUUAUUUCUUUCGAAGAGGGAUGGUGAAAAUGAACAGGUAGCAAGAAUUUGUAAAUAGUCAUUUUUUAUUAUAGCCUUUUUCUUCUUGAGCCUUUCUCUCCUCAUUCCACACUCCCAUCGUUUUGUAAUGAAUAAAUGAGUGCUUGGCUGUGUUUAAUCUUAUUGGUCAUUAUUAUUUAAAGCCAAUGACCUGACUUUUGGGUCUUAUUAUUUUUGGGAUUAAACAAAGCUUUGGGAACUUUUUUUUUUGUGUGAUCUUGAUGAGUGAGUUGUCUGUUUAAAACAGUGAGAUUGGUUAGCUAUGUAAAC